GACAGGGACAGGGACCUCCGACGACGACGACGGAAGGAUGGAAAUUCUCUUCCUGGGCCCUGUGUGCCUCUCCGCCCUGGGCCCGCCUGACCUUCCCCUGACCUGGCUCAGCCGGACAUGCCGCCCGGCGAGGACACUGCCGGCCUUGUUGUCUGCAGCCUGGCAAGCCGGCCCCAGAGCCGUCCCUGUGUCCCUGUGUCCGCCUGAAUGGCCACCUGCCUGCUGGGGUGGGGUCCCGGCGUUAGGCUGCGUCCUCUGCCCUGCGUGGCCCUGUGUGCACUGGGGUCUCGGCUGCUCGUGACCCCUCCCCCAGCUUCGCUGCCCUCCGGGCGGGUCCCUGGAGACCACGUGACAGCCAGGAAAGCGGUCCUGGUGGCAGAGACCACGUCCCAGCAGGAGCGGCUCCAGGCCAUCGCAGAGAAGCGGAGGCGGCAGGCCGAGAUGGAGAGCAAGCGGCGGCAGCUGGAGGACGACCGGCGGCAGCUGCAGCACCUGAAGUCCAAGGCAUUGCGGGAGCGCUGGCUGCUGGGGGAGACGUCCUCGGCCUCGGAGGGGGACGACGACAUGCGGAGACAGAUGCAGGAGGACGAGCAGAAGGCGCGGCUCCUGGAGGAGUCCAUCUGCAGGCUGCAGGAGGAGAUCGAGGUGUUGGAGAACGCGGGCCCCCUUGCCCCUGCCGCCGCCGCCGCCGCCGCGGAGGGCGCUGUGGCCCCGAGCCCCGCCAAGGACCAGAAGACGGAGGUGGCGUCGGAUUCUCGGCAGGCCCUGGUGGGCACCCCCAAAGAGAAACGAGUCUCCAACACCCCUGUGAGGACGGUUGAAGGCUCCCCCAUGAUGAAAGCAGCCAUGUACUCGGUGGAGAUCACGGUGGAGAAGGACAAGGUGACGGGGGCCACCAGGGUGCUAUCCAGCACCACCUUGCUCCCUCGGGAGCCGCUCCCUCAGGGCAUCAAGGUCUACGAAGACGAGACCAAAGUGGUCCACGCCGUGGACGGCACCACGGAGAACGGGAUCCACCCGCUGAGCUCCUCCGAGGUAGACGAGCUCAUCCACAAGGCGGACGAGGUCACGCUGAGCGAGGCGGGGUCCACGGCCGGGGCGGCGGAGGCCCGGGGGGCGCCCAAGGAGGCGGCACAGAGCACCCCCUCCAGGCGGGAGAUCACGGGCGUGCAGGCGCAGCCGGGAGAGGCCACGUCGGGCCCGCCGGGCGUCCAGCCGGGCCAGGAGCCCCCGGUCACCAUGAUCUUUAUGGGCUACCAGAACGUGGAGGACGAGGCCGAGAGCCAGAAGGUGCUGGGGCUGCAGGACACCAUCACGGCCGAGCUGGUGGUCAUCGAGGACGCCGCGGAGCCCAGGGAGCCCGCCCCGCCCAACGGCAGCGCGGUGGAGCCCCCCAAGGCCGCCGCCUCCAGGGAGGAGAACCAGGUGGGGCCCGAGGCCCCCGCCAGCGACCCCCAGGACCUGGACACGAAGAAGCAGCGUUGUAAAUGCUGCUCCAUCAUGUGAGGCGCCCAGCCCCCCGCCCCCGCCCCGCCCUCCACACCACAGUCACCCACCGGCCCGACCCGGCGCCUGCCCGCCCUCCACCCACAAGCACGGGCCCCGGACACGCGGUUGUCACAUGGUCCUUCCGAGGGCUCUUUCAAUGCAAAGAGAGGGACAGGGGUUCCACAGCCCAUCACCACCCCCGACAUCCCUGAAACCACUGAGCCGUGCACCUACGCCUGGUAGGAGAGAGACAUGGACAGACCCACGUUUCCUGAAGCGAAGGGCAGCCCCCCCCCCACAACGACACGGCAGCUCCACCCACAGCGGUCCUGGCUGGGGUGACCCGGGGCUUCGGUGCAGCCCCUGGCCAGCCAGCCGCCCUCUGGGCCUCCUGCCUGUGCCUUCCUGCCACCUCCAAUGAGGUCCCCGAGGGGACGUCCUGCCGGAGAGGGUUCCUGGGCGUCCGCUCUGUCCCCGCUUAGCCCCUGCAAGGGGGGUUUCCCGGCCAAAGCUCUGGCGGCCGUAUCCAGGCCAGUUGGGGUGAGGCCGUGCCUCUUUGAGGAGUCUUGGUCAGAGGUCAGGUUCAAGGUCUUGGAAAGAAGCAAGGCCCCUCUGGGUACCUCCGGCCUGGUGCACCCCUACCCUCAUGCUCUCUUUGGGCGUGGCCGGUGGAUGCCGGAGCCUGGGAACGGAGAGCCCCAGGGACACGCCCCCGCGGGGGAGGGGUCUGUGACCACUGCGCAGCCUCCUGCAGGCUCUUCGAGUGUCCCCUUGCACAAGGCCGGGCCACACGAGCCGCUUCUUGUCCUGAGCUCCCACUCCCACUGGGCCCUUCUUCCUCCUGGUGCUAAUUUGGGGACCCUGGGGGGCUGCCCAGGACCUGCUUGGACCAGGGCGCUGGGCCCCUCCAACCAUACCCGAGAGAUGAGGCCACUGCCACUCGACUGGGCUCGGCACAUUUCUGGCAGUGGCGGGGAGCACGCAGCCUGGGGCGAGGAGGGGGGCUUUCUCAGCAGGAGCCCCCCAUUUGCUGCCCCGCCCGAUGCGAGCCUGUCCCCUUCCCGCCGGGAGGGGUGGGGAGGUUCCCCUCCUGCGGGCAGCCGACACCUGGAUGUGCCCACCAAUCUCCCCCGGUUGCAGCCACGCUCGCCUCCAGAGGCACGUUCGUGCACACGCUCAUAGACCCUCACGUGGGGGCUGUGGCCGGUGAGGCCCCGCCUCGGCCCCUCCCCCAGGGGCCCCCUACCUGGCGCCCAGGGCAGGUGCAGGGGCCGCCUCUGGCUGCAGCCUGGACCCUGACUCAGCGCCGCCCCUUGGCGGCAGGGGGAGAGGCCCCAUCUGAGGUGACCCUGGGCAGUGGCCGUGGGACCCCCUCUUCCUCCUUGAGUCCUAGAGCUGUGAGCCUCCGCUGAAGUGCCCCUCCGCUUUUGAUGUGUGACAAGGCCCUGAUGUUCUUGACUUUCCCAGAGAAGCAAAUAAACAGUGUGAACAGCCCCA